AUGCACUCCUCAGUCACCCCCGACGAUUGUCAGGCACUCCAUGGCUUACAACACCGCACCUCAAUUUCACGUAUUGCUGUUGGGGACGAAGAACGGCAAGAGGAUAGAGAGAGAAGAGUGCAGAAUGAAGAUCGAUCUAUAUCUCCCUUCUCACACUACAAUGACCGGCGAAUGAUCAACACUCAUCCGCCGGUCAAACCUCUCCACACACAGACCACCGCGCCUGCAAGUUCCUGGCACACACUUGCAGCCAAGCCAGGUCGCAUCACUCGCAACAUGCUCCAUACGACCAUUCAGCUUGUGUCCCUGGUACUAUUCUGCUCCUUUCUCAUCCCCUACAUGCACUAUUCGCGAACGAAAAUGGCUGCUGAAUGCGAAGCUUGCAAGUACAAUGCCCUGGCAGACUACGAGAAGGGUCUUGCUGAAUGUGAAAUCACUACAGGCGCCAACUUCACCGCAGAGGAAGGUGGCAAAUUCCUUCUAAGUCGGCUGGAGGUCAUUGCGAUAAUGGUAUUGGCGUGUAUAUGGCAGUACGUUACAUGGAUCGUCCAAGACAAGCUUGUCACACGACUUCUGUGUCUCACAGUCAAAGCAACGAACUGA